UCAACUUUUAAAAUUAAGUUCCAGUUUAGCAACGCCGAAAGUCUAACAGCUGAAGACUGUGGCCGACGGAACAGAAAACUCAUAACCGAGAAAAACAUCCUUAACAAAAUGUUGCGCUUACCCUUUUUGCGCUCUAUUCCUCAAGUCACUAGGGCAGCUACGCUUGGUGGUCGAACUGUUGUAACAGGAGCACCAGAGAAAGUAGAAGUCUUUAUUGAUGGCCAACCUGUUCUUGUGGACCCAGGAACCACAGUGUUGCAGGCUGCUGCUAUGGUUGGAGUUGAAAUACCAAGAUUUUGCUAUCAUGAGAGACUCUCUGUGGCAGGCAACUGCAGAAUGUGUUUAGUUGAAGUUGAAAAAUCUGCCAAACCUGUAGCGGCUUGCGCCAUGCCAGUAAUGAAGGGCUGGCGAAUCAAGACCAAUUCAGAAUUAACUCGCAAAGCCCGCGAAGGUGUUAUGGAAUUUCUCCUGGUAAACCAUCCCUUGGAUUGUCCUAUUUGUGAUCAAGGAGGGGAAUGUGAUCUCCAAGAUCAGUCCAUGACUUUCGGUAGCGAUCGCAGUCGCUUUACGGAUAUCACCUUUAGUGGAAAACGAGCUGUCGAAGACAAGAAUGUUGGCCCUCUUAUCAAAACCAUAAUGACGAGGUGUAUUCAUUGCACGCGUUGUAUCCGCUUCGCCUCUGAGGUGGCUGGUGUCGAUGAUCUAGGUACGACUGGACGCGGUGGAGAUAUGCAGGUGGGGACGUAUGUCGAAAAAAUGUUCCUGUCAGAGCUCAGUGGUAAUGUCAUCGAUUUGUGCCCAGUUGGGGCACUUACAUCAAAACCGUACGCAUUCAUGGCUCGUCCUUGGGAGACCCGUAAAACGGAUUCCAUUGAUGUUAUGGAUGCAGUUGGAUCAAACAUCUUUGUUACUCACCGAACGGGUGAAGUCCUUAGAGUAUUACCUCGCACGCAUGAGGAGAUUAACGAGGAAUGGCUUUCAGACAAGAGUCGUUUCGCUUGUGAUGGGCUUAAACGUCAGCGCUUAGUCUCCCCAAUGGUACGUGAUAGCAAUGGAAAAUUGGUGAUGGUUGAAUGGGAAGACGCUCUUGUAGCUGUUGCAAGAGCAUUGCAGUCGGCCAAAGGAGAUGAAUUGGCUGCCAUUGUUGGUGGGUUUGCAGAUGCCGAAGCUCUUGUCGUUCUUAAAGACAUGUUAAAUACCUUGGGUUCUGAAUCGCUAUGCACUGAGGAAAUCUUCCCAAUGGAUGGUGCCGGAACUGAUCUGCGAUCGAAUUAUCUUCUUAAUUCAACGAUUGCUGGUGUCGAAGAGGCGGACGUUGUUCUCUUGAUCGGUACCAAUACACGAUUCGAAGCACCGCUUUUUAAUGCCCGUCUUCGCAAAGCAUGGAUCAAUAACGAUCUUCGAGUUGCAACUGUCGGUCCUAAAGUUGACUUGACCUACGAAACGGAAAAUCUGGGAGACUCGGUGCAAGUGCUAAAAGAUUUGGCAGAGGGUCGCCACGCGUUCUCCAAAGUCUUGAACGGUGCUAAACGUCCCGUCAUCGUGGUUGGUUCGGGGGCUCUGCAAAGAGAAGAUGGUGCCGCGAUUUUCCAGCUUACUCAAAGAAUAGCCCAGAAUGCCCGUGUCGCCUCCAACGUCAGUCACGACUGGCGUGUGCUAAAUGUCCUUCAUCGCGUUGCCUCCCAGGUAGCCGCCUUAGACCUGGGCUACAAAGCUGGCAUCGAAGCUAUUCGAGCUAAACCACCAAAGGUUCUUUUCCUGCUGGGAGCUGAUGAGGGCGCAAUCAGUCGUGAAGAUUUGCCCAAAGACUGCUUCGUGAUUUAUCAAGGUCAUCAUGGAGAUCGUGGAGCUGCAAUGGCUGACGCUGUGCUUCCAGGAGCUGCUUAUACAGAAAAGCCGGCCACUUACGUCAACAUGGAGGGUCGAGCUCAGCAAACAUUCGCGGCUAUCACUGCUCCUGGUCUCGCCCGAGAAGACUGGAAGAUCCUACGUGCAUUGGGCGAGGUUGUGGGUGUGAAAUUGCCGUAUGACACAAUAACGCAAGUUCGUGCUCGGCUGACUGAAGUUUCUCCCAACUUGACCCGUUAUGGAGAUGUGGAAGCGGCUAACUACUUUGCCCAAGCAGUCGAAUUAGCUAAGCUUGUUAAGGCUCAGCCCAGUAGUGCACCGUUGGACGUCAGACAAAAGACACUUGAAGAUUUUUAUAUGACAGACUCCAUCAGUCGAGCAUCCCCUACCAUGGCGAAAUGCGUACAAGCUGUGAAGAAGCAGCGUCAAUCUAAAUAUUGAUACUGGGUGUUCUUCACUUUCUUGAAAAAAAUCCGAUAAAUUGUACAUGUAUAGGAACACUGCUGCUCUUGCGUAGGCAAAUGUUGAUGAAAGGCAUCAUGUUGAGUAGGAAACAAAUACACGAUGUUAAAUAUA